AUGCCUCGAAUUCGCCCCUCGACCCUCAUAAAAGCCUACCAAGAGAAUCCGCUCCUCCCACUCCUCCUAAAAGAAUGCCGCACCCUCGAAUCAGCCCGCAAUGAGCUCCGCUGGCUACGCGAACACGCGCUUCGCACCAGCCAGACGCGCCAGCCACAAACAACCACCCCAUGGCGAACAUAUCUCUCAUCAAUAUGCCGCCAAAGAUCCCGCGGCUACCCCCUCCAAUAUAUCCUCGGAGACCAGCCAUUCGGUGAUCUGGAAAUCCUCUGCCGACCCGGCGUAUUAAUCCCAAGGUAUGCCCCCCGACCAGACACCGAGUCCUAUGUCCUCCAGGCAGCCAAACUAGUGGAGCAAAUAGCUUUAGAGAAGCUAUCCGGCAACAAAGAGGACAAAGAGGACAAAGAGGACAGUGAUACUACCAAUGUCCCACAGUCAAAACCCCUACAGAUCCUAGAUCUCUGCACAGGAACAGGCUGCAUAACCCUCCUCCUACACGCCCUCUUAUCCCCGCGCUUCAACCUACGAAUAACAGGCAUAGACAUAAGCCCGGCAGCAUUAAGCCUCGCGCGCAAGAAUCUAGCCCACAAUCUGCAAGCGGGACACCUGACUCACCGCGCAUCAACCGAUAUAAAAUUCCACCGCGCGGAUAUCAUGGCCGUAAAUCCAAGUUCCAACGGAACGCCAACCAUCGAGAAUCUUCUCGGCGAAUACGUUGCCGCCGAAGAAAGCGAUCACGAUCACGAGCGGGAUCAAGAUUCCUCACCUCGGGAACUUGAAUGCGAUCUCCUAAUCUCAAACCCACCCUACAUCUCGACGGCGGAUUUCCGCAACGGGACUACGGCGCGAAGUGUCCGACUUUUCGAACCGCGACUGGCGCUCGUUCCCGCGCCGAGACCCCAUCUUACUACUACUGCAGACGUCCGGCCCGAGGAUAUUUUCUACGACCGCAUCCUGGAUAUAUCAUACAGGCUGCGGAGUAAAGUGACCGUGCUGGAAUGCGGCGAUAUACAACAGGCUGAGCGGGUGGUUAGCAUGCACACGUCCAUGGCGCCGCCGGCGGAAUUCCGGGUGCAGAUUUGGCCAUGGGCUGAGGAGGAUAUGGCCUUUUAUGGGUUUCAUUCGAGUGGGGGGGUCGAG